AAGUAACGCAUCAUUUCAUUGGAUAAUAGUGGGCGGUAUGUGUUUCCCAUAGUAUCAAGCAUGUGGCUAUCAAGUAUCAACAGCCCUGCUUUGUGCCGGCUUGAAUACUAACCCGGGGUCUGCAGAGUGCAGCAGGAUGGAACCUUGCCAACCGAUUAAAUUGCCUUGACCUUUAGCCUUUGACCUCCAGCAAAAUGGGGGACCCAAAUAUAAGCAACCUGACUGCCAGUUUGGAGGAACUGUCCCUCAAGAAGCAGCUGCCUCUCCGACAGACGACCCAGAAACCAGUACUGAAGUAUAACCAGUCUGUGACCAGGCCUAGUCAGUACUAUAACCAACAGAAAGUCAUAGCAAUAGGACCUGAUGGAAACAGUGCCUAUAGCAACCUCAGCCAAGCGGCCUUGACCUCGCCCAUGGUACCCACCCCAUUUAGGGUCAGCCGAAAUCCGAAUCCUGCCCCGGUCCCCUUCAACAAACAAGGAGGACAGACGUACAUCUCUCCCAACAAUGUCGGAAAGCCGCCCGUAUCCCAGACAGCCAAACCUUCUCCUCACCCAAAUCCUUACAAUCGUCCGCUCAGUGCCAAGGACAUUGUGUCAGAUCUUCUGAGUCAGAACCACCAGAAGAUGGUGAAAACUUUUGGAUCCUCCCCAAGUUCUGGGAUUCCUUCCUCUUCCUCUCCCUCAAUGUUGGGGAGCGCAAGUAGUGCCUCUAGUAGCAGCAGUGGAGGAUCCGCUUUUCCUGUGAAUUCGUUCAUGAGGCCCCCAAGUGCUGUAAGGAAAGACACCAAAGUGGUUCAAAAGGAUAUACCACCGCCAAAGGAGUUAGGAAUGCUUCAAAGAGAGGCUCAUAUAUUCCAAAAAGAGGCUCCAAGUGUUAGUAGUUCUACAACUAUAAAAGAACAAAGUGGGAAAUCAAGUUCCAGCAGUGAUGUUGGUGGAAAGAAAAUGGUCAAACAGAUUGCAGAAAACAUUGAGAAUGAGUCCACCACCACUAGGGUGAAAUCUGCCUCCCAAAAGACAGUGACUCAACAGGGUGACCAGGUAAUUACCAGACAGGGGAUGAAUGGAGUUACUGUGAUACAAAAGGUGGCUGCCCCUCCAAACUUUGGGACCCAGAUCAACACCAUCAUCUCCAAAGUCACGGAGUCCAAGCCAGAAGUAGUCCCAUCUGCCAACCCUUCGUCGAAACCGGCCACCAUUAAACAUUCCUCGUCCUCCUCAUCUCUACCAAAGCCUGGCAUGUCCAGUAAUAGUUCCAGUAACAGUACCACCAAAGAAUCUCCCAGUAAAAUACGCAAUAUGAACUACACGCCGACAAAACCUUACGAAGAAGUGAAGGACCCUCAGUCAAACUCCACCUCAACCUCAAAAACAGCGAAGGAAGAAGAGAAGAAAUCAAAACAUCAACCGGCGACUCUGGAAACUCCAAUUUCAGAGAAAAAACCUCCAAAACCGGACACCUGGGCCACUCAUUUGAAGCAGACAUCGCUGUCUUCUUCUCCAGUGGCUGGUAACGGUACUUCAUAUUAUCGUAAAGAAUCGAAAUCGGAGAUCAUGUUACAUGAGCAGAGGCCUCCUGUACUAGGGGCUCCGGCGAAGAACAAGAAAAUUCUGGAUAAGGUGGAUGUGGGGAAGACUGAAGAUGACGGUGAAGAGGAUGAAGAGGAGGAAGAUGGAUCCACACCUGGAGAACGACAGCCGGGUGACGGGGAGGCGUCAUUGAACGAUGAUUUAGACGACGAUGAUGACGGAAUCGACAACCUGGACGAGGACUGCAUUGAGGGAUCAGAUGGCGAGUCGGAUGGGUACUCCAUCACCAGCAGUCUAUCACGACGGUCAUCGUCUGCUCGGUCACGCGCGAAGUCGGCCAGCGCAACCAGACCCGUUACGGCGGUCAGACAGGUGGCCACGCCCAGCGACGACGAAGUUCGACCGAGAACUCUACGACCUGCUACAGCCGUUCCUGCCAAACCUGCCGUUCGUCCGCCUCUCACCCAGAGCUUGUUCCCGAACAUCCCGCCUACCAUUCACUUUGAAACGGAGGGAUUCAAAAUUGAACAGCUGCCAUGGGAUUUACGCAAACUUCUCAAGUGGAGGAUGAGCCCUAUCACUCCGAACAUUGUCAAACAUACACUGGCUAGGUCCCACUUCAGGAUCACAAAACGAAACCAUGACUGGUUAGGAUGCUGGGGUAAACACAUGAAAUCUCAGGGAUUCAAAUCAAUCAGAGAAUAUCAAAAGCUCAAUCAUUUUCCGGGAUCCUUCCAAAUAGGUAGAAAGGACCGGCUAUGGAGAAAUCUCUCCAAGCUUCAAGUCCAGAAUGGUAAGAAAGAGUUUGGGUUCUUCCCGCAAACCUUUGUUCUCCCGUCCGACCUGAAACUGCUGAAACGUGCAUGGGAAGAUGGAGGACCCAAACAGAAGUGGAUUGUGAAACCGCCUGCUUCUGCCAGAGGGAUUGGAAUCAAGGUCAUCAACAAAUGGACACAGAUCCCCCGGAAACGACCAGUCAUUGUACAGAAGUAUCUAGGUCGUCCGUACCUCAUCAACGACAGCAAGUUUGACAUGCGUAUUUAUGUGUACGUCAGCAGUUACGACCCACUCAGGAUUUACAUUUUUGAGGAUGGACUUGCAAGAUUUGCCUCCAUGAAGUAUUCGACGGCUAUGAAGAAUGUCAACAAUAAGUUUAUGCACCUGACAAACUACAGUGUGAACAAGAAGAAUUCAGAGUACCAGUCCAACGGGGACGAGGCUCUGUGUCAAGGACACAAAUGGGGUCUGAAGGCUCUGUGGAACUACAUGAAGCGACAGGGAGUCAACACGACCCAGGUGUGGGAGAAUAUCAAGGAUCUGGUUGUCAAGACAAUCGUCUGUGCCGAGUCACCCAUCAACAGUAUGAUUAAGUCCAACUGUCGCAGCAGGUACUGUGUCCACGAACUGUUCGGAUUCGACGUCCUAUUGGACGAGAACUUGAAGCCAUGGAUUCUGGAGGUCAACAUAUCGCCCAGUUUGCAUUCCAACUCCCAGCUUGACAUCAACAUCAAGGGUCAGAUGAUCCGUGAUCUGAUGAACAUAGCGGGGUUCCGAAUUCCCGACAAGGCUGACGUUCUUCACAGUAACUCAGUUGCUCCUAGUGCUACAGAAUUCAGUUCCUACUAUCCCCCCAAUGAUGUGUGUAUGGACAAGAGGUUGUUCACCAGUAUCCUCGCCCCAGACGAGCGGGCCAAACACGCCUACUACUGCCAACGACACCAAGACGAGCAAGUCUUACAGACUAUCUUAGACGUCCUGACGCCGGACGACAUCCGAGUCCUGACGGAGUGUAUAGACGAGGACAGUCGUAAGGGGUCGUUCCAGCGAGUGUUCCCCACCCCCUCCUCCCACCGCUACCUGCGCUACAUGGAGGCCCCCCGUUACUACAAUCUACUGGUCAGCCAGUGGGUGCAGCGGUUCAAUAGGAUGGAGCAGAAAGGAAUUGCAUUGUUGGAACAAUUUUGUGAUGAAGGAAUAAAUCUACAAAAUCCAACAGAAGAUCAAAAUCAUCAGUGGUGCCCUCCCAACGGUUUACUGAGUCACCGCGGUGAUAACCGCACCCACAGUGCUCCUAAUAAACACCAGGACAAAGAGAGUGCCAUGAAACACAGUCAAUCCACAUCUUCAGGUCUGCCUAAAAUGGGCAAAAAACCACCCAAGGCACCAGUACCACAUGCUAGCCACGCCCACCACUCAGGGACCGCGCGCACGAUAUCACAGUGUAGCUCCGCCUCCUCAUCUCUUGUCUCUGCCCCCUCACCUACCCCCUCCUCACAGACUGUCAACAAAUCUGCCGCCUCAUCCUCCAGAUGACUGGCGGUCCGCUUACCUCCCCUGAAAGAGCUCUUUAAUGGAAGCAUGCCCAUGUUCAACUCCACACGAUAUCAGAGACAUGCCCUCAAGCCUCUGGUGCGACAUUCCGCCGAUGCUAGUUUGGACGCUGUAAGGCGGGCUCAGGCAAACAGGAAGAAGAAACGUUUACAUCUACAGACUUCGGAGAAAUUCUUUUAAUCUGGAGCCAAACUAAGUUUUUUUUACCCCAGUCUGGAUUCCAGCUAGCAAGCUUAGAUUUAGAGGGACCAGAAGAAUUGAAUCAAGAUUUCAGAGAAAUUCUUCCAGUCUUAAGCCAACUACGGUUUUUUUGGUUCAAAAUUUGGAGUUGGAACAGAUGUUUCCAUCAACAUCAAAAGAUUCAAAAUAAAAGGUUUUUGUUACCCCUUUGUUCAAAUACAUUGUUCAUCAUUUUGUAUCGCAGACAGCAUAUAGUGCUAUGUCACCGCUUUGCCUUAGGAUUUCAACAUGUGUGCCUCAGAUGUAUUCAGUCAUCAGAUUCGCAAAGCCAAUUCAUACUCAUUCAUUGCGAGUGCUAAUCUUCAGUCUGUGAUAAAAUUUCCGACAAGUUCGUAGUCAUUUUUAGUUCAGGAAGAAGUUUGUGGAAUACUAGUUUGUUAUGUAUGACUUAUUUAAUGUGAGCUUGAGAAGAAUUCUGUUGUUACUAAGCAAGAUUCUUUCAGGAAACAAAAAACACAUUCCAUUAACAUGUAUACACAGGGAAAAUGCAUUAUUCAGGGUGUAUGAAUGAACAGUUUUGGAUUUGUCCAGGGUUUUAUUUAUCGAUAUAUUUCUUACCAAGUGCCUCACCUUAUGUCUCAAAUUGUCCAGGGUUGUUAAGAACUUUUUGCCGCCUGUUUUAAAUUUUGUGCCAAAUUAUCCUGGGGACCUUGAUCCGACCAGGCAGCAUUUUCACGUACGAGACGAGCAUGCAAGAAUUCACAGCAAUAACUGACAGCUGCAUGGGGUGUGCUGACUUUGUGCAUGAUAUGUGUGUUGUUCAUAACUUAUUCCUCUCCCCCAACAAAGUAGCAGUAGAUAGAUGACGCUUGAUUCCAACACAAGGUUUUUUUGUUUUUUUUUUACUUUUGUUUGUUAAUUUGGUAAUUACUCAAAAAGCUAAUUAAUUGGAUUGGAAAACAUCCCGCAAAACUGAAUUUAGAAUUUGACAAUACCAGAAACAAAAAUCAACAGUUUCUUGAAAAAGGGUUGAAUUUCAGAAACAUUUUUU